AUGCAACGACCCGGCUCUAACAAUAUUUCUUCCCUCUCAGCCCUCCUCCUCCAAUCUCCUCAACAAUCCUCAAUACCUCAGUCCAUGUCUUUUCACGACGAUAGAAAUCAUCAGAUGGGACUAAAUAGUCUUCUACCUCCUCUUGGUAGUCUCUCUCAACAGGAUGCAAUGCAAGAUGGACGACCUGAAUUGCCUAGACCUUAUAAGUGCCCUCUAUGUGACAAGGCAUUCCAUCGGUUAGAGCAUCAGACUAGACACAUACGUACUCACACUGGGGAGAAGCCUCAUGGUUGCAACUUUCCUGGGUGCUCAAAGAGAAGCAACAAAAACCAGCAAGCUGCUCUUGCUGCUGCUGCUCAGGCACAGCACGAUGGUUCAGCUAUCUCCACAACUGGUAAGAUGAUGCCGCCUCCACCGAAAAUCAUUUCAAAAUCGGCUCCUCCAUCCCACGUGGGCUCUCCCAAUGUCUCGCCCCCUCACUCAUAUCAUGGAAUGCACGCACCAUCAAUCCAUUCGGGGCUAUCGCCUUUUGGAAGGGCCUCGAGCAGUCCUUCCCUCGGUGGGAUGAGUAACCAGCAGGGAACCUCUGGAUUGGAUCUGAGCAUGUUGGCCCACACUGCUUCCCAGCAACUGGAGCGUGAGAGACAUUAUUAUCCUCAGCAGCACAAUAGCUAUUACGGAAGCCGUCCCGCACUUCCGGCGCUGUCUCAUGGCACCCAGCCGAUGUCUCGGUCUCACUCACACGAGGAUGAUGAUCCGUACAUAUCUCAUCGCUCAGUCAAAAAAUCUCGCCCUAGUUCCCCGGUUUCAACUGCGCCCUCAUCACCCACUUUCUCCCAUGAUUCAUGUUCUCCUACACCCGAGAGCACCCCGCUUGCUACCCCAGCACAUUCUCCUCGACUAUACCCACGCGACCGCGAUCUCGAGUACAACAUGCAGCUGCCCAGCAUCCGGCACUUGUCAUUGAGACACAUGCCUGCUCUUGCGCCCAUGGAGGUCGCUGAUCCCUACAAUGCGGGAAGCCCUCCCGUUCAGUCUGCACACCAAACAAAGGGACUCAGGCUGGGUGAUAUCAUCAAUCGCCCUGACGGUGCUCAGAGGAAGCUCCCAGUUCCCAGAGUUCACGUUCAUGAUCUUCUCAACAACACUUCCGGUCUGGGAUUCUCAUCAGCUUCAUCGUCGACGUCAAAUUCGAUAGCCGGAGGGGAUUUAGCCGACAGGAUGUAA